CUCCCAGGACAAACUGAUGGAGGUUGAGCUGAUAGAAGGAGAUCCGGAGAAGAUAACAAAGGUAGGACGUCACUUGACGGUUGACCUACAAGGCGCGUUGAUUGCAUUAUUGAAAGAGUUUGCGGAUGUCUUUGCCUUUUCAGCUGAUGACCUUACAGGGAUCGAUCCCGGGGUGGCGGAGCAUAGGUUGAACAUUGACCCAACUGUGAAACCGGUGAAACAGAAGAGGAGGCACUUUGGUGCCGAGUUAGACGUGGAUU